AUGUCUGGCAGUUACCCUCCAAGGCACAAACCGCAAACUGCGCCUGUGCUGGCCGCGCUUCUGGCCGUGUCGCCUGUGCCGUCGAAUGCAAGCCCCAUCAGUCACAGCCUGCAAAACUCGCCGCCCAUACCUGCCGGGGCACCCGCGCUGAUCGGCAUGGUGCUCGUGGUGGCCACCAAGCUCGCAGAGUGCUACAGCACGUACUUCUGCGGCAGAAAACCGUACCAGAACGUCGGAGAGACGGUAGCUGUGCUCGUUGUUAUGACAACGCAUUGGGGGUUUGGUUAUUUAUUCGAUUCCGUCGCGCUGCUCGCUGUGGUGCAGGCUCUCAACAUCGUCGCCGUGCUAGGGCUCUUUCUCGCGCCACGACGCAACCGCAGCGCCCUUGCCAAGGCCCAGUACGGCUCCUUGGACAUGGCCGACUCGCAGGCGAGCCUGUACGACUCGUUCGGGAUCGCCUCCAUCGACAAAGACCUAACAAAAAUCGUGGCAUACGCGGAAGGUGAGCUUGGCUCGGACAACACAGCUGUACUGAACUUCAGGGCCGAGGCCUCGAAGUUCGCCGAGCUGUACCGCCGCACAAACGACUUGCGCGUUCUGGCGGCUGUUCCGAAGGCACACGAUCAGUCUGCAGACCCCAAGAUCGCCGAGCUGUGCGAGUUUGACCAAUUGCAGACCAGAAGCGACUCCAUGCGCUUCAUGCUCAAGCUCGAGGUCGUCAAGAGGGAAAUCGUGACGCUGGUCGGAGGAGAAUGCGAUUUGAUUGGCGCGUUCAAGGACGUUUGGCGACAGCUCGGUAAAUAG